AUGACCACCGCUACGUACCAGGAGAAUUUCAGCGACGAAGCCACAAAAGACAGGAAUCAGUCUUCGAGCUACUACAUCAACCAGGACAACUAUGAGUUUUGCGGAUACAACUUAAAGAUCGCUCGAAAUACGAGCGCUAACCUGGGCGUAUCUGCUUAUGUCUGGGAUGCAGGGAUUGCUCUUUGCCGCUACUUUGAAAAGGAGAACAUUAAUUUUACUGGGAAGAAAUUGAUUGAGCUGGGAUCGGGCACCGGAAUUGUGGGGAUUUUAGCAGCACUACUAGGUGGAAAUGUUACCUUGACAGAUCAACCGAACAUACUGCAGCAAAUAGAAUACAACAUCUCCGCCAACAUCCCUUCUGCCUGCAGACACCGUUUAAAUGUCCGUCCCCUGACUUGGGGUGAAGAUCACACUAACUUUCCUAACGAUUAUGAUUUCAUCCUGGGUUCGGAUCUUGUUUACAGCUCAGUUUAUUAUUCUUCGCUUAUUAGAACAUUGCAUUAUCUCGCUAAUCCGGAUACCGCUAUUUAUCUAUCUUCCGCAUUCCGAAAAGGAAAUGGCUCCCUCUCUUUCCAUGAAGUGCUUCUACCUGAGUAUUUUGACUGCCUGGUUGUUGACAGAUUAGCGGACAAGGAUAUUACUGUGUACAAAAUGACCAGACUUGGUAGAGGUCCUGAGGAUUGGUUACCAGCAUAA